GAUGUCACGGGAAAAAGUGUUCUUCCAUGGUUCGACUGUGUGAAUGUAGUCGUCAAGUUUAUAGUGGUUCACUUUCAGUCUAUAUGUGUGUGUCUGUAAGUAUGUGAGUCUGUAAGUGCGUGUGUGUGUGUGUGUUUUCUGUCUCACUUAGUCCCUUCGCAGAUAUUCAACUCUUCGUUUGCUUUUAUUUUAUCUCCGGCUUCAGCUUUAUAUUGCACCAUGCCAGCCAUCAAACUCAAGAGAGUGACAGCAGAAUACCUUGCUGAAAAGACUGCACAACAAUCUAAAGCAGCUGCUGCAGCAAGCACAGCAGCAUCCACUGCAACACCAUCUGCAGCAGAUGAAGAUGCUUCAAACCGAUCUGAAUCCAGUACAGCAGCAGCUACUCCCACUAAAACAGACACAAAGAAUAAAGCCAAGCAGCCUACUACCACUGAGACAGCGAAAUCAGGUGGAGCUGGGUCAAAGAUUCUUUCCAAAUUAGAUGAUACAGUUUUGACAGAAAAACGUAAAAGAAAUGUUCCUGCUGCUGAGCUCAAGUUGAUGGAAUGGCUUGAUGAUAACUUUGAAGAGCGAGACAGUACAUCUAUUUCAAUGUUAAUACUCUAUGAUUACUAUGCCGAAACAUGUCAGUUAGAUGCAUCCAAAGUUGUGGAUAUUCCUAACUUUAAAAAGAUUGUGCGCCAGAAAUUUGGAAAAGGUAUUGGCAUCAAAGAAACUUCGGCUUAUAAAGGUUUGUUAAAAGAAAAGAAACCAAAGAAAAAACCAACAGUGCAAGCUGAAUCAUUGCGAUUAAAAAUGAAAGACAUUAUUGAUGAAGCUCUGAAAGAGUCAGGAAAUCCUAAAAAAGGCGUUCGUUUUCAUUGGUUGAAACAGUAUAUUGGGGCAAAAUAUCCUGCCCUCCGGGUUGAUUUAAAACCAGGCCUUCUAAAAGUUGCUCUUGAGCGAGGUGUUCGAUUUGGUUCCGUUCAAUUGGUUCGAGGAAUUGGUUAUUGUGGCUUCUAUCGUCUGCCCUUGCCAGAUAGCUCCGAAGAAGCCAAAGUUGUCAAAUCUAAGAAAAAAGAAAGUGGAUCCGAAGAUAAAAAAAGUGAUGGUACUGCUGAUGAAACUGCUAAAUCUGAAGAUGCUGGUGAGAACGGUAGUGAUGAGAAAAAAGAUGAUGGCGAUAAAGCCACUGAUGAAACUGAGAAAAAGACCAGGAAGAGAAAGUCCACAAAAGAUGAUUCUAGUAAGACAGCUAAAAAGUCAAGGAAAGCGAAGAAAGGAAAAAAGAAAAAGAAGCCAAAACAUAGUACAGAGCUGAAGAUUGAAGACACGUUUCCGCUAGCCAUUACUUUCAUGUCAGAACCUAAAGAAGCAUCAGUGUCUCGGAUUAAGCGUUAUAUCCAAGACUUUUAUCCAGAUGUCAAUGCUGAAGUGAGGCUAAAGAAAGCUCUAGAAAAAGGUGUUGAGCGAGGAUUAUGGGAACAAGUGACUGGAACAGGAGCUUCUGGAACUUUCAGACUUCUUAUUGAUGAAUUCAAUCCUGGAAAAUGUGAAACUGUGGAAGACAUGGUAUGUCUGGCAAUUGUUGCUACUCAUGAACCAAAACAAGCUUCUGCUCUGUUAAUCAAGCGUUAUGUGCAAGAGUUUCAUCAAGAUUUCAACAUUGAGACCCGACCACAUCUGUUUAAGAAUGCAAUUAGUAGAGCUGUUAAGAAAAACAUCAUCAAGCAAUUAUCUGGUAUUGGUGCCAGUGGUACAUUUCAACUAUUACUACAAUAUGGACCGUCCCCUGCCAUGUUGGCUGGAAAUCAAGAGGCAGAUGAUGUUGGCCAGGGUAGCAGUGACGAUGAUGAACCAGCUGAACAGUAUUAUGUCCGACCAACCAAGUCUCGUGGCCGAGGGCGCGGUGUUAAAAUGAUUAUUGGCAAGAAAGCCAAGCGAUGAAAUCAGAACUCUUCAUCUUUCCUAUUAAAGAGUGCCACUUGUCAGUUGUUUCAGAUGAUAUAAAGAAAUCAGUAUACAUACAUAUUACAUGAUGCCAACCACAUUUUUUACAUAUUCAUCCUGCAUCAGGUCACAAUCAUUACAUCUGGCUUUACAUGUUGUCACCAUCUCCACGUUUCUCAGUUGUCUUAGAGCCAUUUUUCAUAUUUCCUACUCAGACACUCAAUCUGUGUGCGUGCGUGCGUGUGUUUAAGAUUACUUUUAAUCCCCACCCCAUUUUGUCAAACAAUCACAUGAAACCAACAAUAAAAUAUAUUCUGUCUUAAAUGUAUAUGUUUUGUAAAAAAUAGUUCUAAUUUCUAUUUAAAACAUAAUAAAAUUAUCAUUAUACUCCACACAUACACAUCCCCUUUAUAAUCUCAAAUUUAAAUUGCAUUUAUUUAUGUUUGAUUAACCAUCAUAUUUUGAUGGUUAUCUGUUUAUUUUGAUUAUUGAUUAUGCUUUCUUUUAAAUUUGUAUAAUAAAAUAUAUACUUGGUUUAUGUAAAAAUCUAAUCUCAAGUUAUAGUUUUAUUCCAAAUUUCAAAGUCUUUUUGAUCUAUUGGAAAAAAAGACUUUCAUUUUUUUAUAAAACUAUUUGAAGAAUUUUGUGUGGUUUCAAACACUAAAACUUAUUAUUCAUGUUAUUAGUAUAUCUUCAUAACUUUUUAACUGAUCAUAUUAGCAAAUUUAGUGAGUACUACAAAUCAGCACAUAGUUUUAGAGAGAUCAAUAUUGGUUGAGUAGCAGACAGUGAACGAAACAUUGCAACUUUGUAUAUUUAACUUGUUUGUGCUUUGUUUUAUAUUUUUAGUGGUUUAUAUCUGGUGAGGUGAUCAUGUAACAUAUAUUUUCAUGUGAUAACUUUCACUGCAUUCUCUCUCCUUCAGUGACUACUUUUUUAUCUGUCGCAAUCACUGGUGUGUAUAAUUUAUGGAAAUGUUUUAAAUGGUGUAUAUGAAUCAAGAAUGUUGAAUAUAUUCCUUAAACUAUCAUAGAAAAUGAAUUUUCAGUUAAAAACGAAAAUGUUUCUUUUAAAAAAAAAUAUAAAAAAAACAAAUAAAAUAGUUACUGUUUUGAUUGUUUCAAAAGCUGUAUCGAUUAUAGUGUUUAUAUUUUAGUUGUAUUCUUUUUUUAAAAUUUUCCUUGGGACAUCUCCUUUGUAAUUAGUAUAUUUCUUUAAUUAGGUAGAGGUAAGGGAUAGUUUUGUAGAAAGAUCAGAUAACGAUCUCAAUGUUAUAUAUAUAACUAUUGCAAGUUACAAAUGCUAUUCAGUUCUUGUGGGCCUAAAAUAUGCUAGGAAUUGUCAGAACUACAUAAGAUAAUGUUUUAUCCUCAUGGCAAAGAUAUUUUAUUCUGUUUGGCAUUAAUUAUGAUAAAUUACACUUCCCUCUAAAUUUUACUUCUAGGAAUUAUUUGGCUUUGAAAUGGUUUUUGUUCUGAUUUCUAAACUAAAUUAAAUGAAACACAAACAGGAUAAGAAAGUUAACAUUCAUUCAUAAAUAUGGAAAAUUAUACAUCUUUGGAUUUAAAGAACAUAUAUAUCAGAUAGACUAAAGAAGUUAUAAAAUGUGAUCCAGAAAUAGUCAAACCAUUAUGUUAGUGAAUCCCUCCUACAUUUUUGUGUACUGUACACACUGUUCCAUUAAAUAUGGUCUGAAUGGGAGUGAUAAACAACAAUAAUUAUUAUUACAUUUAUAUAUUUUUCUAAGAGUAACACUAAAAAAACAAUAUGAAUUUUACCUGAAGCAACUGGUUGAUAAAUGAUGCUUGAAUGUCUUCUAUUAGAAAUAUCUAUUCAUUGUAAUAAUAUUUUAUUGCAACAGACCUGUUUAUAAUGUUUUAAUGAUUAUUUAGAGAACUUUCACUUGUUAGAUUUGCUUAACACUGUAUUUUCAUAUAAUCUCCGUUCUGAAUCAUAAUUUGAUAAGGUUAUUAAAUACCUUGUAUUUAUUUUGUUCCAAUGUAUAAUAAACAUAGUGAGUGCUGUUCAAUGGAUAUAAUCAUUUCAUGGUUUCCAUUUUCAAUUUAUUUCACUUACAUUAAUAUAAAUCCUCAGGAAAUGCAUGAAUGUUACACCUUAUCUUGUUUUCCUUAUAAGAUAUUAAUCUUAAGCCUAUCUAGAAAAUUAAUAAUAAUAAUAAUAAUAAUAAUAAUUAAAAGAAAAAGAAAUAGAAUAAAAUCAAAUAAUUAUCAGAGAUAUUUUUAUCAAUGUGUAACUGAUAUGAAAUCGGUUUAUAGCAAGGGUUUAUCACAUAAGUAGUGUAUGAAACCAAGGUUGAAAUUUGUUUUCCAUUUUUGUGAAAUAUUUUUUGCAAGAUAUUUAGCAGAUGCUAUUUAAUAGAUUGAAUUUAUUUUUUUAUAUUGUAAGAUGAAAGUUUGAUAUAUUGAAAAGUAAUAAAGCAUAUUUCUAAAUGUUUUUCAACAUUUUAUUUGGUCUCCAUCUAUUCCAGCUAUCUCCUUAACAGAACCCUACCACUCCUACACCUGACAUUAUAAUUUCCUGAGUUUAAUUAAGUAAGCUAUUUUUAAUUAGCUCAUUAGAACGUUUUUCUGCUGAGUAUUUACUUCUGUGUCCAUUAGGAAUCUGAGUUUUUUUUUUUUUUUUUUUUUUUUUUUUUCUGAGAAUAGAAAAAGUUUUCUAAGACUGAAAAUAGGGUUAGCACAAUUCAUAGAAAUUUUCUAACAAAUUGUGACUAGAAUACUUGUGCUGUGAUUCCCCCAGUGUUAGCUAUAUUUUGUUGCCAUAUGAUCUUGAAAUUAUGUUUAUGUAUUAUAUGUGUGUGUCUUUCUCUCUCUACAGUUUUUCAACUCUCAUGCUAAUAAUGUUAAUAUUUAUUAAUACUAAUUGUCUAAAAUCUUUGGAUGUAUAUACAGUUUAAUUUUAAACUCUCCAUUAUCAACUGACUUAAUUAUAAUAGAUCAGCACAGUCAAACAUAAUUUUGACACAUUAAAAAAAAUGCUCUUUUACAAAAAAAGUCUGGUCAGUUCAGAUGUUAUAUAACUUUUUAACUGUGCAUCAUGAAUUAGUUUGCAUUAGUAAAUAAUCAAUUAGAAAAAAAUUGAUCUGCAAAGUAUACUAUUCACAUAGGAACAGGAUUUCAAUGUCCACUGCUGAAUCUAUGUUAAACAACCAUAAGAGAAGCUCAUCUCUUAAUUCUCUUUGGAAAUUUCUGAAUUUGCCUUAAUUUUCUUGAAAUACCACUCUAUUUUGUCUUGGUCAUUUGUUCUCAUUUACUCAUGGCAAAAACACUUGUAGAGGUUAUAUUUUCUUUAUCGAGAGUCCUAUGUUGUAAUAUAUAUAUACAUAAUCAAUGUUAAAUCUCUGAACGAGGUAUUAACAGUAACUGCACGACAAGGUGAAGUAUAUUUGCCACUUAAAUGUGGCUGACCCCUAAGGGUGGAUGUUACUGUUGCUUUUAGCCAGCUGGAGGAGAUGUUCUCCUGGGGCUAAAAGCAACAGUAACAUCCACCCUUAGGGGUCAGCCACAUUUAAGUGGCAAAUAUACUUCACCCUAUAUAUACAUAUAUAUAUAUAUAUAACAUUCUUGCCUUAAAUUUGCAACUGAAAACAAUUAAAAUCUUUGGAGUGUGUAUAAGGGAAAGGCCAAAUACGUAUAAUAUUAUUUCAUAUCCCUUUUAAAGAUGUAUAUAACAAAACACACUGAGAAUUUUCUCCUAACCUCUCUUUCUCUCUCCUUGUUUAAUUUUAUAUUUUGAUGAAUGAAGUUUGUUCAAUCAUUUUAUCAGGGUUGGAAGAAAAAAACGGUCUUUUUAUUUCUUUAUUUUAUUUUGUUUUUGUAAUUGCCAAAAAUUACAUCUUAUGACUUUGUGUGUGUGGUGUGUUUGGGGAGAGAGAGAGAGAGAGAGAUAACAGCUCAGUUUAAUAAUGUAACAACCCUUUGAGAGUGGAGGAACCCCCUCUCCCCACAACAUAAUAUCAAUUUAGUCAGUUUGUGUUUAUUAUAUUUACAUUAUUAUAACUGGUUAAUUCACCUGUGUUCAGGUGUCAGAUAUAGUAACAAUUUUCCUUCUAUCUUAGUUAUUUUAUAUGGAAUUUCUUAUUUCUCUAUAACUAUCAGCUCAUAACCAUCUUUUCUUGCAAAUGUAUUAAUAUUUCUAUUGAAGAUAUGAGUGCUGCUGUGUAGCAAGGUUAGCUCCUGGCUAGCUACAACAGUGAACCAGUUUGAAUUCUUGCUUGAAAUCUAAUCACUUCUUUGUUAAUGUCUUCUUGGGAAAGACAUGAACUUCUUUCUUCCUCUAAAAUAGGGCCUCUGUGCCUAGUCAAAAAGAAUCCAGAAUUUAAUUUUUAAUUUCAAGAUUGUAUUCCUGAAAUACUUCCCUUUGACAGAGUUUCUACUUAAAUCAUGUUUAGUCUAUAUUUUACAGUUGAAAUAUGAAUUGUUUUUUAUUUCUCAAGUAUUUGGCUGUAGUUUAAUAUAUAUAUAGAACAUUCUACAUUUGUAAAUGCUACAUUUCAAGAAAAAAUGUCAUAACCUCUGACAGUUUUAUUGCAUAUAUUCCCUUGAUAUGUAAUAUAUACAUAUGGAAACCAGUAUAUGUUAUAAUUGUAAUAUGUACAGAUGUAAAUCUAUGAUUAUAUUAUAGUUUAUUGUCUUCAGUUACAUUCAUUUUGGUGUUACUUUUUAAGUUGAUUUCUUGAUUUUUAUCAAAUGUUUCAUAUGCAUGAUGGAAUACAAAUAGGAUGAAAUGUGUAUAAGAAGUUGUAUUACAUGUUAAACAAGAGGCAAUUCUGUGUCUGUGUGUAUGGAUGGAUGUAUGUGUGUGUGCCUGCGCGCACUAAGUACAAUUUCAAAUCCAUACCUAAAUGUUUCAUAACAACCAACAUCACAUUGAAGUGACUGCAAUCAUAAUAUAUGCAUGCAUACUCAUAUACAAACAUACAUACAUACACAUUAUUCAUUUUUUUUUUUGUUUCAUUUCAACAUGAAAUUAAAUUAAUAAUUUCAUGUUGAACUAAAAACUAAAUAUUAAUAAACUAUAAUAUAUUUGGAGUUCCUUGGGUUUAUUUAUAUAUAUAUAUAUAUAUUUGUUUGUUUUUUUUUUUCCAUUUUUUUUUUUUCUGCUUGAUUUUUUUUCAAGCUUAGUUUUCAUUUUAUAUGAACUGACUUGUGAGAGUUUCUAGAUUUACUUCAAGGUAUAACUCAUGGUUAGAGUUUACGUCUUUUCCAAAUGAAACUGCUGUUUGGAAAUGAUAGGCAGUUGUUUCCUAAAUUAACAAAGCAAUCAGACAUGUGCCUCAAUAAAAAUAAAAUAAAAAAGAAAGCAAAUGAAAAAUUCUUCUGCAGAUGUGCUUUGAAGUACUAGUUAAAGAGCAAGCCAUUGUUUUCCUUUCACAAAACAACUCUGCAAAUGGUUAAAAUAAUAGAAUUUUGUUCUGAAAUGUAUAUUUUAUUUAUUUAUUAUCAUCAUUAUUAUUUUCAUGUGAAUUUUGAGUGAAAUAAAAUUUAUUUAUAAGCUGACUGGAAACAGUU